AUGGGACUGUUCAAUGUCUCACAUCCCAUGGUAUUCCUCCUGACAGGGAUCCCUGGCCUAGAGAGCACCCAGGAGUGGCUGGCUGGGCCCCUCUGCAUGAUGUACACAGUGGCUCUUGGAGGCAAUAUAAUGAUCCUGUUGGCAGUGUGGGGAGAGUCCAGCCUCCACGCACCCAUGUACUAUUUCCUGUCCAUGCUUUCCUUCAGUGACGUGGCCAUGUCCCUGGCUACACUUCCCACCGUAUUGAGAACCUUCUGCCUCAAUGCCCGGGCCAUUGUUUUUGAUGCCUGCCUUGCUCAAAUGUUCCUCAUUCACUCAUUCUCCAUGAUGGAGUCUGGCAUUCUGCUGGCCAUGAGUUUUGAUCGCUAUGUAGCCAUCUGCAACCCACUGAGGUAUGCCUCUGUCCUCACUAAUCAGGUGAUUGCUGGGAUGGGUCUGGCUGUGACAACCCGAAGCUUCACAACCCUCUUUCCCUUCCCUUUCCUCAUCAAGAGGCUGCCCAUUUGUAGAUCUAAUGUGCUCUCCCAUUCCUAUUGCCUGCACCCAGACAUGAUGAAAUUAGCCUGUGCUGAUAUUACUGUCAACAGCAUUUAUGGGAUGUUUGUGCUUGUAUCUACCUUUGGCAUGGACCUUCUCUUUAUUAUCCUCUCCUAUGUUCUGAUCCUUCGCUCUGUGCUGGCCAUUGCCUCCAAUAAGGAGAGGCUCAAGGCUCUCAACACAUGUGUGUCACACAUCUGUGCUGUGCUCAUCUUCUACAUACCCAUGAUUGGUGUCUCCACUGUGCAUCGCUUUGGCAAACAUGCUCCUCAGUAUGUGCAUGUGCUCAUGUCAAAUAUCUACCUCUUUGUGCCCCCUGUUCUCAACCCCAUUAUUUAUAGUGCCAAAACAAAGGAGAUCAGACGAAGUAUUGUCCGCAUGUUUCACCAACUAGGCAAGUGA